UGGAUUUCUGAUGCACUUAUUUUGAAGUCUUUAUGAACGCGAAGCGAGGUCUUUCAAUGCUUAAAUUACUAAUCAGUAAUCAAACGUAAAUAAAGUAUACAAUUUAGAUUAUUUUUGACAAGAGCUAAUUAUCCGUUUCCUAUAGUAGAAGAAACUAUCGUAGUUAUAAGUUUAAAGAAUUGUGCACGAGGCCACGCGAAGCGGCUCUACUAAGCUCCUUUUUCCAUUCAGGAGCCAGUUUUGGAAUAGCAGAAGAAAUUUGAAGUUUUCGACUGCUUUUUUGCGAUUUAGGAUUCUUUUUUAAUUCAUGCGUAAAAGGAUUAAAUUCGUUAUUUGAAAUGUUUAUUUUAUAUAUUUUACAAUACAUGACAUUUAAUUGAAUUGGUUUCUAUCAUUGUAUUUAUAUAUUUUAUUACUGCGAUAUAGUUGGGAAUAUUAAAAAUAUAAUAAGUAAUAAGUAUCUAAGCAAGCUACUCGUUCUAAAAAAUUUAAAUUAUUUGGACAAAAAAUAAACUGCACAUAAUUGUGUAAUACGGGUGAUCUGUAUGCUUUACCUAUAUAGGUAUACACUAUACAUCGUCUAUAUUAUAGCUAUAUAUAGGUAUAUGUAUAGAGCCGUCUACGUCUUCUUCCGCGUUGAUCUCUGUCUCCGAGAGCGUUGUGUAAAAUUUGCCUAUAAGUCGGAUUAUUAACAAUAAAAAUAGUUCGCCAUGCCGUUCAUGAUAGGGAGAGAGCCUAUAAGGCGCACAGUUAAAUAUUUAGAAGCUGGCAAAUUGGUUUUGAAGAAUUCCAUUCAGGUAAUGCAAAUCAACUACAACACUCACGGACAACAUCAUCAGGGAUUAAGGGAAUUUGUUUUUUGGCAUUUACCACAAGUACUGUAUAAGAAUCCAGAGGUUCAAGUUUUGACAAUAAAGAACAGGACACCAUCACCUUUUAUAUGGUGUUUCUAUGAGAGUGGUAAGAGGAUGCUAAUUGAUGUAGACAUGAAGAGCAAAGAUGAAAUAUUAGACCACUUAUUGAAAGUAAUUGGAAAGUCAAAGGAAGUUCUGGAUCAGGAAGCUGUGGCAAAAGAAAAGAAAGAUAAUCCGGCAAACUUUGGAUAUGGUUGUGAAAAAAGUUGUAUAUGUGAAAUUCCAGGACAGAUUCCCUGCCCUGGUUUAGUGCCACUUCCUAAUCAUAUGAGAGGAAAGUUUAAGUAUGCCAAAAAUGACGAUUAAAAUUACUAUUAGACACUAAACGCAAAGUAAUUCUUGUAAAUACAUUUUUUAAAGCAUUGUAUAAGUCAAAUUAUUGAAACUUAUGAAUAAUAAACUCAUUGUCUAUGAUA